CGCAUAACCUUUAUUCAUAACCCUGAUAAACAAAACGAAGAUUCUUGGCGUAUUUUCUUCCCGAUUUCGGAAAUAAUUUUAAAAUAAUUUACGUUUGCUGUCUCGGGGUAAAACAAAUCAGUAUGGAGAUACCUGUCGUGGAUUUCAAUGUCUACGAACUGGGAAAGACCAAUGUGUCAGAUGAUAACUUGAAAAAGUUAAGUGACGAACUAAGAAAGGCCUUUACCGAGGUGGGAUUUGUUUAUCUGAAAAACACGGGCAUAAAUCAGGACGAGGUGGAAAAAGUCAUGGGUGUUUCAAAGAAGUUCUUCUUUUUGCCAGAAAACAUAAAGAAGCCUUUCAGCAGGGGCAAUUUCUCAUGCGAUGUAAACCACGGCUGGGUUUCGCUGGAGAAGGAAAGUUUAAAUCCUCGACGUCCCGGUGAUCUGAAGGAGGCGUUCAAUACAACAUCUUUGCGCGCGGAUAUCGUAAAUAUCUAUUUCUUCCCAUCUAUCUAUCUCUCUCUCUACCUA